GUCAAAAUACAUCUGCGAUUCAACACUCCUAAAACCGCUUGUGUUCGAUCGGUUUUGUUAUCAAGUUGGGAUAUUGAAUUUCCAUCCACCUCUCAGUCAUACCUUUAACAACACCUUUUUCCGCCUUUUGACUCUCUAUAAAACAUCGCAAAAGAGAGGUGAAUAGCUCCUCUCUAGGAAUUGUGAAGCAUUCUGUGAGUGAAAAAGUAAGAAAUAUACCUGCCAUGUCUGAUGAUCUUAAGGCCAAUCCAACUUCAUCGGACAAAGUUGAAGGCUCAGUGGAACGAAUCUAUGUGGAAAGUGAGGAAGAGGAAACUUUUAUUGAACAUGAGGUCGAAUCAGAUCAAGCAGACAAUAGUGGUCAUAAGGCUCUGUUAGAAUAUUUCGAGGACGAAGGUUAUGACUUUGAAUCCGACAGCCUUAACGAACCGGACGAAGAACCAGAACCAUUUUGCCCACUUGGCAAAUCUGAAGAUCUCUUGGGAACCAAUGGUUUUGAUCUGGGUAUCCCUCCCCAAGCAAAGCAACUGAGGGCCCAAUCUAAAUGUUACAAAACCCUCACGCUUAUCCUUAUUUACACUGGAUGUGUCUUAUGCUUAGCGGUCCUAUGUGCUAUAUUUGCUUAUGGCUUUCAUUUAUGGCAAACCAUUGACUUGUCAGAUGCUUCAUGGACUAGUAUAAUGAAGCCUCCGGAAACAAUCAUUCCCCCUCCUUCAAAACCGAUUACAAUACCACCUUGUCGAACUAUGGAACAUCCAGAAAAUAUAGAGUUAUCUAGAGCCAUAUUGCAAAAGUAUAAACAAACAAAAUUUGCCCAUUGUGACAAAUUGAGGCAGGAAAACUUGACUUUACCUGAUGGAGCGUACUCUUUGAAGCUGAAGUUUGGACUCUUAACCCUCAAAUUUCGGGCCCAUUGUGAUAUGAACACUCUUGGAGGGGGUUGGACAGUCAUACAAAGGCGAGGUAACUAUGAAAAUCCCGAGGAUCUUUUCCACCGGGAAUUUCAGGAUUAUGUGCGAGGAUUUGGGGACGAAGAGGGCGAAUACUGGUUGGGUUUGGAUUUGAUCAAGAAGAUGACCGAUCUUGAAGAGCACGAUCUAUUGGUUCAAAUCUGGAGUAGCUCUGGAAACAUAGGAUAUGGUUUAUAUGAUCGCUUCAGAUUAUCCGAUGGACACGAUUUUCGCCUGAAAGUGGAAAGCUUUGCUGGGAAUAUGAACGAUUCGCUGUCUUAUUCAAAUAAUGAACCUUUUUCCACCUUUGACAGAGAUCGAGAUCGAAACGAUGAUAUAAAUUGUUCCAAGCUCCAAUCUGGUGGUUGGUGGUUCCGCGAUUGUUCCCAAGCGAAUUUGAAUGGGCUAAAUGGUGGACUCGUGAAUUUGGAUAUGGGCCUUGCCAUGCAUUGGGGUGAGCUUGGACUUGAUCCGAAUGCACCGAUAAUCAAGGCUGAAAUGAAGAUUCGUCCUAGCGCGUCUCAAAUGAAGAGACGCCAAUACAAACAGUACUUCUCUUCUGAAGAUAACUCCAAUUUGUUGAUUAGUUAAUUAUGUAUUUAAUAAAAGAAGGACGUAAAACAUGAGCAAUUCUGACCAACCAUCA